CGUUUUAGCAAAGCACAUAAACAAUGAGAUUAUCAAAUAUUUAAUUAUCGAAAAGAUUAGAUGAAAUAAUAAUUGAGAUUCUCUUAAACACACGUCUUUCACGUUGCUAUUGUUCAGAUGAAAACAGGAAAAAAAGGUUAAAAUUAACAUCACUGUUGUAGAUUGGAUUGAUACAAAAAAGGCUCCUUUUUUUCUCGUUCUCUCUGUUCUGUUUUUGUGAUAUUAAGUGGACACAUGCGCCAAUAAAACUCUCCCUUUUUUUUUUUUUUUUCUCUCUUCUAUAUCUCCGUAGCUGCUACGCUUUCCUUUCCAUUACCAUUGUCAUUGUCUCAAGCUAAAUACUUUCUUUUUUUUCUAUGUAUCUCUUCUGUCAUUGGGUUCUUUUCUAUAGGGUCAAGUUCCAAUCUGGAAAGGAUUGAAGGUGAAUUUUGUUUAUUCUACUCCUAAUAUCUCUUCACCCCUUUUUUCUUGGCAUUGUUUCAAGUGAAGCCUUUUCUUUUCCUCGUUUCUUUUCUGGCAUUGGGUUCCUUAGAAUUAUCAAGAAAAAGGGUAUCGUGGAAUCUUGGGAAGGAUUGAAGUGAAUUCGUUUCUCUUCAGUCUUUCUUUUUGCAUUGUCUUCUAAACUGGAAACCUGUUUUUCUAUCUCCUUCAUUUUUUCGUAUUGGGUUCCUUAGAAUUAUUAAAGAAAAGGGUAAGGUUGGAAUCUUGAGGAGGAUUAAGUGUUUUGCACGAGAAGAUGUCGAUACCAAAGGAGCCAGAGCAAGUGAUGAAGAUGAGAGGGGGGUCGGUGUUGGGUAAAAAGACCAUUCUAAAGAGCGACCAUUUCCCUGGAUGCCAAAACAAGCGCUUGUCUCCUCAGAUCGAUGGUGCUCCCAAUUACCGUCAGGCAGACUCAUUGCGUGUUCAUGGAGUUGCAAUACCAACAAUUGUUGGAAUUCAAAAUGUUCUUAAGCAUAUCGGUGCCCAGAAAGAUGGGAAGCAAGCACAUGUUCUUUGGAUUAGUCUUCGUGAGGAACCGGUUGUGUAUAUUAAUGGACGUCCCUUUGUUUUGCGUGAUGUGGAACGGCCCUUCUCCAACCUAGAAUAUACGGGAAUCAACAGGCACAGGGUUGAGCAAAUGGAAGCUCGGUUGAAGGAAGAUAUUUUGAUAGAAGCUGCAAGAUAUGCAAAUAAGAUCCUUGUCACUGAUGAACUGCCAGAUGGUCAGAUGGUGGACCAGUGGGAACGAGUUUCCUUUGAUUCUGUGAAGACACCAUUGGAGGUGUAUGAGGAAUUGCAACUUGAAGGGUACUUGGUUGACUAUGAGCGUGUGCCUAUAACGGAUGAAAAAUCACCAAAGGAGCUGGAUUUUGAUAUUCUGGUUAAUAAAAUUUCACAAGCUGACAUAAGCACUGAGGUAAUUUUUAAUUGUCAAAUGGGACGAGGAAGAACAACUACUGGCAUGGUGAUUGCAACUUUGGUUUAUCUCAACAGAAUUGGAGCUUCUGGCAUACCUAGAACCAAUUCAAUCGGCAGAGUUUUUGAGUCUGGUUCUAAUGUCACUGACAAUAUGCCCAAUUCUGAGGUGGCAAUUCGUAGAGGAGAAUAUGCAGUCAUAAGAAGCCUGAUUCGGGUCCUUGAGGGUGGUGUUGAAGGGAAAAGACAAGUGGACAAGGUCAUUGACAAAUGUUCUUCAAUGCAGAACUUAAGAGAAGCAAUUGCCACUUAUCGGAAUAGUAUUCUUCGUCAGCCAGAUGAGAUGAAGAGGGAAGCAUCACUUUCAUUUUUUGUGGAGUAUUUGGAGAGAUAUUACUUUCUUAUAUGCUUUGCUGUAUAUAUCCAUUCAGAGAGAGCAGCUCUCCGUUCUAGUUCCUCUGAUCAUACCAGUUUUGCUGACUGGAUGAAAGCAAGGCCAGAAUUAUAUAGCAUUAUUCGCAGGUUGCUUCGGAGAGAUCCAAUGGGUGCACUUGGAUAUGCAAGUCUGAAACCAUCUUUGACAAAGGUUAUUGAAUCUGGUGAUGGUCGCCCUCAUGAAGUGGGUGUAGUUGCUGCUCUGAGGAAUGGAGAGGUUCUUGGGAGCCAGACUGUCCUAAAAAGUGAUCACUGUCCUGGUUGUCAAAAUGUAAGCUUACCGGAGAGAGUGGAGGGUGCUCCUAAUUUCAGAGAGGUUCCUGGGUUUCCAGUUUAUGGAGUUGCAAAUCCAACUAUUGAUGGAAUUCGAUCUGUCGUCCAAAGGAUUGGUAGCGCCAAAGGUGGUCGUCCAGUUUUUUGGCACAAUAUGCGGGAAGAACCUGUUAUCUACAUUAAUGGAAAGCCAUUUGUUCUUCGUGAGGUUGAAAGACCUUAUAAAAACAUGUUGGAGUACACGGGAAUUGAUCGUGAGAGAGUGGAGAGAAUGGAAGCUCGAUUGAAGGAAGAUAUUCUGCGAGAAGCUGAACGCUAUGAGGGUGCUAUAAUGGUCAUUCAUGAGACAGAUGAUGGGCAAAUAUUUGAUGCUUGGGAACAUGUCAAUUCUGAUUCUAUACAAACUCCCCUAGAGGUUUUUAAAUGCUUAGAGGAUGAUGGUUUUCCCAUUAAGUAUGCACGUGUGCCCAUUACUGAUGGCAAAGCUCCCAAAAGUUCUGACUUUGAUACACUGGCUGCAAACAUCGCUUCUGCUUCAAAGGAUACUGCUUUUGUAUUCAAUUGCCAGAUGGGAAGAGGGAGGACAACAACUGGUACUGUAAUAGCUUGCCUUGUGAAGCUUUGUAUUGAUUAUGGGAGACCAAUUAAAGCCCUGCUUGAUGACAUGAGCCGUGAACAGGCAGAUGGAAGCUCCUCAAGUGGUGAAGAAAGUGGAAGCAGUGUCACUAGAUUGACCUCUAGUCCUGUUAAAGUAAAAACAGAAAAUGAGCAAGGCCGUGCAUUUGGCAUUGAUGAUAUCUUACUUUUGUGGAAGAUAACAAGAUUAUUUGAUAAUGGAGUGGAGUGCCGUGAGGCCUUAGAUGCAAUCAUUGAUAGAUGUUCAGCACUACAGAACAUACGACAAGCAGUUCUGCAGUACAGGAAGGUAUUCAACCAACAGCAUGUUGAGCCAAGGGUGAGGAGAGUGGCACUGAACCGUGGUGCUGAGUACUUGGAACGGUAUUUCCGUUUAAUUGCUUUUGCUGCAUAUCUUGGAAGUGAAGCAUUUGAUGGGUUUUGUGGACAAGGAGAAUGCAUGAUGACAUUUAAGAACUGGUUGCAUCAGAGACCGGAGGUCCAAGCAAUGAAAUGGAGUAUAAGAUUAAGGCCUGGGCGAUUUUUCACUGUCCCUGAGGAAUUGAGAGCACCACAUGAAUCCCAACAUGGAGAUGCUGUAAUGGAGGCCAUUGUGAAGGCACGUAAUGGUUCUGUUUUAGGGAAUGGCUCUAUACUUAAGAUGUACUUCUUUCCAGGUCAAAGGACUUCCAGCAACAUCCAAAUUCAUGGUGCACCACAUGUUUUCAAGGUGGAUGAAUACCCUGUUUAUAGCAUGGCAACUCCGACAAUUAGUGGUGCUAAGGAGAUGCUAGCAUAUCUAGGUGCCAACAAGUCCAAGGCAGAAGGAUUUGCUGGUCAGAAAGUGGUGGUGACUGAUCUGAGAGAAGAGGCAGUUGUGUACAUCAAUGGCACGCCAUUUGUACUGAGGGAGUUAAAUAAGCCUGUUGAUACCCUAAAGCAUGUCGGAAUUACUGGCCCAGUGGUGGAACACAUGGAGGCACGGCUAAAGGAAGAUAUAUUAUCUGAGGUUAGACAGUCUGGAGGUCGAAUGCUUUUACAUCGUGAAGAAUAUAGCCCAUUAUCAAAUCAGUCCAGUGUUGUAGGAUACUGGGAAAACAUCUUUGCUGAUGACGUGAAGACACCUGCUGAAGUGUAUGCAGCUCUAAAGAAUGAGGGGUAUAAUAUAGCUUAUAGGAGGAUACCAUUAACUAGAGAGAGGGAAGCUUUAGCUUCUGAUGUGGAUGAAAUCCAGAACUGUCAAGAUGACUCCUCACGGUUUUACCUUUAUGUAUCACAUACUGGAUUUGGAGGAGUUGCAUAUGCAAUGGCAAUCAUCUGUAGCAGACUUGAUGCAGAGGUGAAGUUUGGGACAUCUAGUGUUACACAAUCAUUGGCUGAUGCACAUCUGCAUUCUACACUUGAAGAAAACUUGCCAUCCCGAACUUCUGAUGAAGAAGCACUGAGGAUGGGUGAUUAUCGUGACAUACUAAGUCUUACAAGAGUUCUCAUGCAUGGUCCCAAAAGCAAAGCAGAUGUUGAUAUCAUUAUUGAAAGGUGUGCUGGUGCAGGGCAUUUACGGGAUGAUGUCCUUCAUUUCAAUAAGGAACUCGAGAAGGUCACAGAUGAUGAUGAUGAACAUCGGGCAUACCUUAUGGAUAUGGGCAUAAAGGCUUUAAGGCGUUACUUCUUCCUCAUCACAUUCCGGUCUUACCUAUACUGCACAUCUCCAAUUGAGACAAAAUUCACUUCUUGGAUGGAUGCAAGGCCUGAACUUGGACAUCUCUGUAGUAAUCUUAGAAUAGAUAAAUAAUUCGGCAUAUUGUACAGGUUGCGAUGUAUGUACAGUUGACAAUGCCUAUUGUAGUUUCUCCCUUCAUAGUUCCCGUCCAGUUUUCCCACUCCCACCGGUGUGUGAUUGGUCGCUUUAUAUCAAGAGAGUCAGUGAUUUGGUGAUGAGAAACCUGAUCAAUUGGCCUAUGGUGUCUACUGUUUUUCGUUUAAGGGAGGCUGAGCAGGUUAGAAAAUUCAUAGGAUCCGAAGUCGAAACCCCAUAAAAGAGUAGGGUUGAGUGUCCAAGUUUGCUGAGAAUCAUGGAGUAGAGAUAUAUUCUUUUUUUCUUUUUUCCUCUUCAAAAAAUUUUAUCUUUCAGAAUGGCAAUUGUACAAGUAGAACAUGUUGAUACUCAAAUAGCAAAUUACUCCAUAUAUUUGGUCGACUGCCAA